AUGGAUAAAGAAAAUAAUUUGCAAACCCAGAGUGGAAUUGCCAAAACCGUUAAUCCGGACCAGCUCUACGCCUUUUUGAAUCGUGUGGCAGGAGUGUUGUUUCCGGCGUUAAGUGAGCAGGAAGUUAAGAUUUAUGAUGAUAGCUUAAUUCCUUCCUUCGUGAAAGAUGAAAAUCCGUCCUUUAUUAUUUUGAAGGGCUCCAUCAUCGAGAAUGGACAUUUGGUUGAAGUCAUCCCAGGUUUGGAUCAGACAUUAUUUAACCAGAAAACUUCGUGGCUUGCAUUACUUAUCAAAGGUCAAGGGCAAAUUGUUGCAGAAUGGCCUUUAGAAGAGCAAAUUUUUGUUAGUGAUUUUAUGCUCGAGGCUGAUGGAUAUCUCAACAAUUUGGAUAAGUUGAGAUAUUUUGUCUCAUAUGUGGUUUCAGUUUACUUUAACGUUAUUUCACGACUUCACGAAGAAAAGUCAUUCAGAUCUGAAUCAGAGAAUUCAAGAGCAAUUGCAAAUAAACAACUACUUACAAUUAGAAAGAAAAUAAACGAGCUUGUUUUGUCUUUGCGGCAAGCACAGCAAACUGUUCACACACCUGAUCUAUUAAUUGGUGUACCAUCACAAAUUAAAAAGCUUGCUUCCAACGCUGAUUUGAAUAAUGUGAAGCCCGAAUUUUCAAGGUAUGAUAGCUUGGUUCAAGACUCAUCAUUUCUAAAUGAAAUACAGUCUGUGGCUACCCAUUGGAUUCAGGAUAUUCAAGAUACAGUUGCAGCCUCUUAUGACCUCGAAAAUGGCAGUGCUGAUAUGGAGAUUCGCUUCUGGGCAGCAAAAGAAUCUAGCCUACGAUCUAUAAUUCAACAGUUGGAGGAACCUACUGUUAAAUUAACAUUAGAAAUUUUAAAAAGGGGUAAAAGGUUUCAUAGUGGUAUCACGUAUUUAUCGGAUUCGAAUAUUCAUGAUUCCCUUUCUAUUGCAUCCAAAUAUAAUCAACUUCUCAAAAGUUUGCCAAUACAGGAAUUACUUUCUUCGAGCGAUCUUCAAAAGAUAAACCACUCUGUGACAAAAAUUUUUGAUUAUCUACAGAAACUUAGGGUGGUUAAAUACCCAAUUCCUAGAGCUGCAUCUUUAGUUCAAUCGAUUAUUAAAGAGAUAAUUAGUACUACAUCAGAUGUUUUAAAGAGAGUGAAGCUGAUGAGCAUUCCUUACUUAAAAUUUAUGAACAUUUAUGAACAUUUUACUGAUAUCUGUGAGAACCUGGAUAUAGAGAUAAAAGAUUUUACGUUGAUGGCAAGAGAGUUAUUAAGAAAAAGAUCUGAUAAAUUCAUGAUGAUUCGUAUUUCUGAUUCCAGUGAAUUGCAAAAGCGGUUGGGUGAUAUCAAGGACAUCCGUUCGAAUCAUCAUGAGUUGGUCAAGGCUAUUAGAAGACUCGAUGGUAUGGACACCUUUGAUGGCAGAAGUUUAAGUGACAGAAUCCCUUCAAUCGUUGAGCUUUUUGAAACGCCCGCGUUACUUGAUACAUCAUCGCCUGGCCAAGAAACCUUUUUAGAAAGCGUCCAAAAAUAUAACACUAAAGUUAAUAAGCUUGAGAAAGAUAUUGCAGAAUGUUUAGAGGUUGAACUUCGGAAACAUGAAUCAAGUCCAGAGAAUAUGCUACAUAUUUUUUGGGAAUUUUCAUUUUUAUUGGAGAGACCAAAAGUCAGCAAUUACCUUCAGAAUUAUCGGGAGAAACUUACAAACUAUUUGGAAAACCAAUUUUAUACGCUAGAAAAUGAAUUGACAAAGCAAGACAGAUUUUGCUCUAUUUUAAACCUAAGAAACAUCCCAGAAGGCUCUGCUAAUAUUAUUAGUACAUUUGAACUGGAAGAUGGACUUGAUCAAUUGUCAAAUGAUAUGGAGAUUGUUUUAUCAAAGCAUUGGGAAAAAUAUCCUGAAGGUAAAAAAAUUAUGUCUGAAAUGGAGUUGAUCGACUCAAAAUUUGAUGCCUCCUCGUUGUUUAAAAGUUGGUGUGCUACUAUUACUAACGAUUUGGCGGAUCCUGUUUGGAGACAUUCUCCUUUACUUAUAGAAUCGGAGAAUGACUAUUUAAAAGUUCAGGUGAAUUUUGACUCAGAUUCACUAAAUGUUCCUCGAAAUAUGUUAUUUCUUAGAGCCCUUACAUUUGAUAUUCCUUCGAUAAUUUCCAAGUAUGCUAAUACUGUUAAAAGAUUGCAUCCAUAUGUUAUCUCAUUGCAGCAGGCAUUUCUCAAUUAUUCAAAUCUAUUAGAUACGUCUGACAAACUAGGAAGCCUUGGAUUACUCAUGAUUCAUAAAAUUCCUCCGAUUGAAAAAUGUAUUACUAUUCUUAUCAAUUCUACUUGGCAAGAUUUUUUAAAAGCUGAGGAUCUUUAUUCUUCCAGCAUUACCCAGACUAAAGAAAAUGAAGCACUGCACUCAUUACGACAAUUUGCGAAUUAUAUUCUCGAGCUUAGAGCAGAAUAUGAACACUUGAAUAAGGCCCGACAUUCUUUGUUGAAAUGGAUGGCAAAAAUUUCUAUAUGUACCUAUGAAGUUAGCACAUUUGCGGAAAUUUUGUCGAACAUUCAAAGGACAAUAGACAAUAUUACUUGCAAUGUACCUAUUGGUUCUACCAAAAUGUUUUUUGAGCUGCUUAAUAGAACUAUAAAGGAAUCACUUUCGAGCCGGUGUAUUUAUCAGCUUCAACAGUAUUGUAUUGAAAUGAAGUCAUUGGUUACUAUACGACGAAACAUUCCUAUAUUAAGGCAUAGAUUGAGUUUUGAUGGCCUUAAAAUUGAAUGUACCCCACCGUUAGAGAAUUCAUUGAUGAUGUUGUUACAACUUUUGGAUGAAGCAAUAUCUGUGGUAUUUGAUCAAAUGCCGAUACACCAUCAUUCAAAAUUUGACGUUAAGAAACACUCUUCCAAAAGUUUAUGUUAUGGCGAUAUAACACCUAGUGUUCUUGAAUGUUAUAAAUCUUCUAUAAGAGAUAUGAAAUCAUUGAUGAAUAGAGCCAUGCAAUUCUGUAAUCGCUGGAAAGAAAUUCAAGGGUUACAACAUAUCGAGGGUGAUGAAUUGAUACUGCAAUGUUCAUCUCUUCAAGAUUGGAUAGACGCUUUUGGUGAUCUGUACAAAAUUAAAGCAUUGAUUGAUUCCGGAGAAUCUGAAGUGCAGAUAGGGCCAUUUUUGAUAGAGUUUAACAGUGUUCAAUCAAAAAUGAUGGAAAAGUUCAAUUUGUUAAUCAAAGAUUUAUCGCCUGAAUUUUUGAAUUGUUUAUCUGUACUGAAAGAGAAGUUAAAUAUUCAACUUUUGAAAUCAUUCAAUGAUAUCAAAACGUCAAGUCGCAAAAUGGACAUUACGGAUAUCAAAUUUUUGGCGGAGGUACAGAAGUCGAGAAAAGUACUGGAAAGAUCUAACAUCACCAUGAAAAAUAUAAGUAAGGCAAAUCUUUAUGUUCAGCUUUUCAACAUCCAAAUUUCAGGUUCAUCUAUUCUUUUGGAGCAGCUCACCGAUAAUUUUCAAUCCCUGCGUCUUCUUUGUGACUCCAUAUUCAAUCAAUUACAAUUGAAGCGAAAUAGAGUACUUUCGAAAUUAAACAUAGUGCUCAACUCAUUUCAUGGAGGAUUAAGGGAAUUGAAAGAAGAUUGGCCGUUAUUAUAUGAUAAUAUACAAAAGUUAUCAUCAUCGGAAGCAAUACAUCAAUUGAAUGAUUUUGGAAAGCAAUUUGAUGUGAUUCAAGAACUUAACGAAAACAUUAAACUUGCUUCUGAGUUAAUGUCUGUUGAUUUUUCAUCUGAUGUUGCCUUGCAAGAAAUUUCUAAGGGGACAGUAGAAUUGAGAAAGGCUGUUGAAAUGUGUGAUGAUGGUUACGGCCAGCUGACAGAUUUGUAUUCUACUCCAUGGAGCAAGUUUUCUUCAAAAGCUUUAAGGAGCCUACUGGAAAAACUUUCGGAACAUCUUAAUUCAAUACCAAGUAAGUUUAGGACAUCCUAUUGGCAUAUGAAGAUUCAAAAGCUUAUAUCUGAAGUUCUUCGUUCUAACACUGUUUUCUUGAUGUUGUCAUCAGAAGCAAUGACAAAGGAUUAUUGGGAUGAAAUCUUUGAGGGAUUGACUAUGAAGCCGGCUCCUGCAUCAAUGACUCUUGGAAAUGUUUUAUCACUACAGCCUCUAAAAAACAGGAAAUUCAUUAGAAAAGUUAUUCAAAGGGCAGAGUAUGAAAGGAAAUUGGUUGCAGCGACCGAAAAGUUAGAGUCUUCCUGGGAAAACAUUAAAUUCGAUGUUUAUGAUUAUAAAGCAGGAUUUAAAAUUGUAAAAGGGUGGACUAAGCUUUAUUCAAGAUUGAACGAUGAUCUUGAAACUUUGAGGGCAAUGAAACUUUCAACCUCUGGAGAAAAAAUUGGAAGGCGGCUAGAACAUUUGGAAGGCAGAUUGUCGGUUGUAAAGAAACUAUUAGAUAUAUGGUCAGAAACCCAGACAAGUUGGAUAUAUCUUUUUGAGGUUUUUAAUGUUAACCAAACAAUAAAAAAACAAAUUCCUUCUGAAUCUACACGAUUUGCUGCAGUUUCAUCAGACCUCCGUUUUAAGUUAUCUCCAUUCCUUGAAUCAGGUAACGUGGAGCAAGCGGCAAAAAACCCAAAUGUUAUACCCACACUUGAGAAGGCAGCUGUUGCUUUGGAAACCAUUAAAAAAUCGCUAAUAAGCUAUUUAGAAAAAGAGCGCCAUCUGUUUCCCAGGUUUUAUUUUGUUGGAAACGAUGACUUACUAGAGAUUGUCGGAAAUCCAACAGAUAUUCUAGUUGCCUGUCGGUAUGUGGGAAAAAUGUUUCCUUCCAUUUGCAAUUUGAAAUACAAUGCAUCAUCGAUGAAAAUAACAGAGAUAGAGGGCUGUUAUGGAGAAACCAUUAAACUCAGCUCUCCCGUUAGUUUUAAGGAUGCAUCAUUUGCCAGAAAUUGGCUUACAAAAUUGGACGACGUCAUAAAACUCACGUUAUUUAAAUUAGUUCACCUAGGAUUAUUAGAUUUUGUUGAAGUAUUUGAGAAUGAUCUUGAAAUUCAAAAUAUACUUGAAUGGCUUAAUAAAUAUCCUGGCCAAGUUACCCUCAUAGUAUUACAAUUAUUGUGGACAUCGAAGGUAAAAGAAGCGCUAGAAAAUAAUAAAGAAUUGGAGAAACUACAAGUGAAAUAUUCCUCAAUACUUGAUUUACUUAGUCAGUCAGUGCAUGGUAAUAUUUCCCGUGUGACCAGAUUGAAACUUGAAAAUAUGAUUAUUGAGAUUCUUCACGAGACAUCCAUCAUCGGGGAUCUACUUAGAAGUGAUGCAAGUCGUUCCACUGAAUGGAUGAACCAGCAGAAGUUUUAUUUCAGUAGUGAAUCACCUCAAAUUUCCAGGUCUUUAUUAAUAGAGCAGGCGAAUUCGAAAUUCUACUAUGGGUUUGAAUAUACAGGGUUAGUACGACGGCUAGUCCAUACACCUUUAACGAAUAACAUUUAUUUGUGUGUGACAGAGGCCUUAAAUCAGUUUUUGGGUGCGGCCUUAUCAGGGCCCGCUGGCACAGGAAAAACAGAAACAUUGAAAGCUUUAGGACAGAAUUUUGGACGCGUUGUUUUAACAUUCUGUUGUGAUGAGACAUUUGAAACACAUUCAGUUGGCCGUAUUUUAAUCGGACUAUCAAAAUUGGGAUGGUGGGGUUGCUUUGAUGAGUUUAAUAGACUUCCAGAGGCUAUGCUUUCCUCCUUAUCCACCCAAAUCGAUAAAAUCGAGGGAGCUCUAGGUCACAAUGGGGUUGAAAGUAAGUCCAUUACUCUAUUGAACCAAAAUAUAAAGGUUAACAAAAAUACAGGAAUAUUUAUAACCGGAAAUCCAAAUUAUGUUGGAAGAACGGAAUUACCGGAUAAUCUUAAAAGCAAAUAUCGAAUAUUCAAUGUCGACAGACCCGACUCGUUGUUAAUUGCCGAAUGCAUUUUACUUUCCCAAGGUUUCCAUAAUGCAAAGAAAUUGUCAUCACAAGUGGUGAAACUGUUUCAGAUUUUUGGGGAAAAAUGUUCGAGCCAGAAACAUUAUGAUUUUGGUCUACGUUGUUUAAAAAAUUCCUUGCUACAGGCGGGAGAUAUAAAGAGAAAACUGAAAAUAAGUGAUCGAGAUUUGGAUGAACAAAAGGCUGUGGCUGAAGGAUUGUACAAUGUAAUUCUUCCAAGAUUGAUACCUAAUGAUCAGCAGAUAUUUAAGAAAUGUGUUGACAAUUUUGGCUUUUCAUAUGACAUUAUGGAGCGGAAUGCUUCCUUGGCUUCAAAUAUCAAGAAUAAAGCUUUUGAGGCUCAUUUAACUGUAUCAACCCUGUGGGUUGAUAAGUGCCUACAAUUAUAUAAAGUUUGGACAUCCCAUCGAGGAGUCAUCAUGAUAGGGAAAACCGGCUCCGGUAAAAGUUCUAUGUUGAAUUGUCUUAUUUCCGCUUUGAAGGCUGAAUUUGAAAAAGGCAUCAUUGUGUACUAUAUUAAUCCUAAGACGCUAAGUAAAGAGGAGCUUUAUGGUACAAUGGAUUACACGACGAGCGAUUGGAAAGAUGGCAUAUUGACAUCAAUUUUGAGAGCUGAUAUUGAUAAUCUGAAAGGAGAGCAAGACAAAAGUAUAUUCGUUGUUUUUGAUGGAGAUAUAGAUCCAGUUUGGGCUGAGAAUUUAAAUAGUGUUUUAGAUGAUAAUCAAUUGUUGACCCUCCCUAAUGGAGAAAGACUAUCUCUUCCAGAUAAUUUGUCAUUCAUUUUGAAGUUGAUAAUUUGUCAUAUGCUACUUUGGCAACAAUUACACGAUGAGCUGUUCGAUGCUGAUGCAUUUUAUUUUACAAAAAUUAAGAAGUUUCAAAGUGAGAACACACACAACGAGCAGAAUAUUGAUCUCAAGCUUGCUGCUAGUGGUGUUUCUGCUUAUGAUAUAAAGGAGCUGUUUAUAUCCUCUUUGACAAAAUUCAUGCCUAUUGAUACAUUGAAGAAAAUUCUAAAUCAAUCUUCAGAACUAAAGCAUGUUAUGUCGUACUCCGCAGAACGUUCAAUAGAGACAUUUUUUACUUUUUACAAGAAGGCAUAUCGUCAGCUUUUGAUGUUCUUGGAAGAGAAUCCGACUUUUGUGAGUGAUGAUUACUCUUGUGUGCUAAAAAAGUUGAUAUUGUUAAUCACCAUUUGGGCUUUUGGUGGAGAUACUGUUUGGGCAGAAAGGACUAAGCUGAUCUUGUUUCUUCUUUCUUUGCCUGAGUUUCGUGAACUGAAAAGCUCCUCAACUGUUUUAGAUUUGGCGCAUGCAAGCAUUUCGUUCGAAAAAUUGGAUUGGUUUGAAUUAGUAGCAAAAGCUGAUUCCCUUGAUCUAGAACCACAAUCUAUUGUUAAGCCCGACACUGUGGUUUCUACUUCUGACACAGUACAAUUUGAGCUACUACUUACGACAUUGCUUGAAGAUCACAGAUGCAUAAUAUUAUCUGGACCUCCGGGUGCUGGAAAAACAAUGCUUUUAAUGUCAACUCUUCGCCAGUCCCCUAACUUCGAUUUUGCGGGCAUGAAUUUUUCAGAAGUGACUAGCCCAAAGCUUGUUCUUCAAAUACUAGAACAAUACUGUGUUUAUACCGAAAAUUCUGGAGGUUUGACAUUACAUCCUCUAAAUGCUGAUAAGUGGGUGGUGAUAUUUUGUGAUGAAAUUAAUUUGCCUAAGCUGGAUAGCUAUGGCUCGCAGCCUGUGAUUGAAUUUCUUAGACAACUAGUGAGCUACAAUGGUUUCUGGAGCCCUACGAAAGUUUCUUGGGUGACUUUAUCACACAUUCAGUUUGUGGGCGCGUGUAAUCCUCCAUCUGAUGCAGGCCGUACACCACUAAGUGAACGGUUUUUACGGGUUUGUUCAAUAUUAAUGAUUGAUUAUCCAAGCAAGGCUUCCUUAAAACAAAUUUAUUUGACUUUUAAUAAAAGUUUGUUAAAACUUGUUCCCGAUCUUAGUGGAUACUCUGGUGAAAUCACAAAUUGCAUGCUUGAGGUUUACGAACACUUUUGUGAAAAGUUCAAUGUUCGGACAAAGAUUCAUUAUAUCUGUUCACCGAGAGAAUUAACUAGAUGGGUCAGGGGAAUCUAUCAAAGUAUUCAAGGGGCGUCGGAUUUAUCAAUAAACGGUUUUAUCCGUCUUUGGACAUAUGAAGCGCUAAGAAUAUUUUCUGAUAAAUUAGAAUCAGAGCAAGAUCAAAAUUGGGUGUUGGAUAUGAUAAAAAAAGUAGUUACAAAAAAUAUUCCACUUGUUGAUUGUUAUAAAGCAUUCAGCAUGCCAAUAUUAUAUUCAGACUGGCUUUCAUACGGCUAUGGUCCUGUUAACGAAACAGAAAUGGCUGAUUUUGUUCGUGAAAGGUUGAAAGUAUUUAGCGUUGAAGAAUCUCAGACUUCUGUUAUUUUGCAUCCCGGAAUGAUUAAUCAUAUACUUGAGGUCGAUAGGGUCUUGCGUAAUUCACAAGGUCAUUUAAUAUUAGUCGGACCAAGCGGCAGUGGAAAAAACACAAUUACACAUUUUGUGGCAUGGAUGAAUGGAAUCAAAGUGGUGAACUUGUACGUUUCACAUAAUUAUACAUUGAAUGAUUUUGACAACACGUUGAAAGAUAUUUUAAUUCAUGCUGGAAUUAAAGGUGAAAAAGUUUGCUUUAUUGUGGACGAGUCAACAAUUUUAGAGUCUUCAUUUUUAGAACGUAUGAAUACGUUGCUUGCAAAUGCUGAGAUACCUGGAUUAUUCACAAAGGAUGAAUUAGAUAGAUUGUUAAAAGAAGCAACUAAAUCUUCACAGGCGGAGGGUCUUUAUUUAAGUUCAUCCAAGGAAUUGUACGGUUGGUUUACCGAACAUGUUGCUAAAAAUCUUCAUGUUGUUUUUACCAUCUCCGAUCCUUAUCAGAAAAAUGGUCCACAUCUAAUAACUUCACCAGCUUUAUUCAAUAGAUGCGUACUGAUCUGGAUGGGUGAUUGGAAAAGGCCAUCUUUGAAAACUAUAGCACGCAACUAUUUGGCUGGUUUACCAAUAGAUAACGAUUGUCACAAGGAGUUGGAAGAUGCGAAAGAUUCCCAAUUUUCCCGUUCAACUGCAGUUGUGAAUUUUCUUAUAUCGGCAUUUUUAUCAAUUCCUAAUGCCGUUCCCAAGAGCAUGUUACUUCCCUCCUCUCCUCUUCAAUUCAUCUCCUUUAUUGAAAACUUCAAGAAGAUAUUUGUGAAAAAAGAGUCUGAAACAAUGGCAUAUCAUAGGCAUAUUCAAGUAGGGUUGGAUAGGCUGAAGGAGAGUUUGGCAAAAAUUAAGAUUUUACAAAAAGACUUGGAAGUUAAGAAAAUUGAACUUUCUAAAAAGGAUGCAGAAGCACAAAAGACUUUAGAUCGAAUUCUUUCAGAGCAGAACGAAGCGGAAAGAAAGGAGGAGGCAUCACUAGAGAUACAAAAACUAUUACAGUCUCAAACAAAGAUAAUAAAAAGCAGGCAGGAAUCUGUUUAUCGACAGUUAGCCGAAGUUGAACCUUUAGUCGAAGAGGCACAGAAAGGCGUUAAAAAUAUUAAAAAAGAGCAUCUUACAGAGAUGAGAUCUAUGAAUCAUCCUCCUGAUGCAGUUAAGUUAACUUUAGAAUCUGUGUGUACUUUUCUCGGCUUUGAUGUUAAAACAUGGAGAGAUGUACAGAAUGUUGUUCGGAAAGAAGAUUUUAUUGCACGAAUUAUUGAGUAUAAUGGUGAAAAGCAAUACUCAAAAGAAUUGACUACAUUCAUGGAUGAAAAGUACAUGAAAAACCCUAUUUAUAAUUACGAGACUGUUAACAGGGCAAGCAAAGCUUGCGGGCCAUUAUUUAUGUGGCUUCAGGCACAACUUCGCUAUUCAGCCAUCUUGGAUAAAUUGGAACCUUUGAGACAACAGAUGGCUGCCGUCAAAAAUAAUUCUGUUGAAAAUAAAACAAAGCUUAUUGCGAUAAAUGGAAUGCUUCAGGAUUUGCACUCUAAUAUUCACAGUUCAAAAAAGCAGUACACGCAACUUAUUCGUGACACAGAAGGGAUCAAAUUGGAAAUGACUAAAGUGCAGAAAAAGGUUAAUCAUAGUUCUAAGUUGUUACAAGAUUUAUCUGAUGAACAGGUAAGAUGGCAAUCUAGUGUUCGGGAGUUUGAAAGUAAUCGCCAAUGUCUGAUUGGGAAUGCUCUUUUAAGUGCUUCAUUCAUGUCGUUUGCUAUAGCGUAUGAUGAAUCUGUCAGAUCUAAAUUAGUUCAUAUUUGGAAGGGACAACUUGGUAAACAACAUGUUUCAUUUAAUAAGCUUUGGAACUUUACUACCAAUAUUUCCGAUCCGAAAGAGAGCUUAAAAUGGGAAAGUCUGGGUUUGCCCAAAGACAAUCUUUUCAAACAAAAUGUUGCCACUUUAACAUCAAAAAUUAAUAAAAACUACUUUCUCAUAGUUGAUCCAUCUGGAUUUAUUAUGAAGUUUUUGUGUGCGUAUCAGAAACCAAAAGAACUUAUCAUAUCAAGUUUUUUAGAUAAUGGAUACAUUCGUCAGGUUGAAAACUGUGUACGAUUUGGUGGCUCAAUCGCAAUUACGGAUGCAGACAAAUAUGAUCCUGCUAUGAACACAGUAAUUGCUCACAAUACAUUUACCAAUGGCGGAAGAACAUUGGUAACCAUAUGUGGGCAUCAGAUUGAUUUAUCCCCGGAUUUUCAACUUUAUCUCUACACAAGGAACCCCUCUAUCUGUAUUUCCCCAUUUCUUGCAAGCCGAAUGUGUGUUGUUAACUUUACAUUUACUACAAUGUCUCUUAGAAGUCAUGGGUUAAACAUGUGCCUUCAGUUCGAAAGACCAGAUUUGGAACAAAGAAGAACUGAAGUGAUGAGGGCCGAUGGAAUUUUAAAGCAGAAAUUGAUUGGUCUAGAAACUGAGCUUUUAGAAGUUCUUAAUAGCUCUGGUAGUGAUAUGUUAGAAGAUACAACUUUGCUCAAAAAAUUGGAGGAAAUCAAAAAGGAAUCAAAUACAAUAAAGAAAGAAUUAGCUGAAUCGGAAACUCUAAUGGAUGAUUUGGUAACAGCUGGUGCUUCAUAUGAUAAGGUCGCCGGACUAUAUUGUACUUUCAGUCUUAUAUGCAAAGCAUUGGAGAAUUUGAAUCCUAUAUAUGUGUUUCCAGAUAAUUAUGUGACGAGAAUAUUGAAAUGUGUUCUUCAAGAGUACACAAAAGCACCCGUCGACACACUAGAGUCCGAAUUUGCGAAAUCCUUUUACGUAAAAACUGGCGUUUCUCUUCUACCGCAAGAUCGUACUCUACUUGGAAUAAUAUGCUACAUAUCCGCUGAAUUAGUUUCAGAAAAUGAUUUUGACUUGAAACAAUGCAUCGAUUCAGCUAGUCAGGUUCAAUUGCUUGGCUUAUUGAAUCCUUACUUUGACUUACAAAAUAAGGGUUUUACGAAGCCGGUCAUUAACUUAGAAGAAUUUUCGUCUGCAGUUAAAGAUAACAGAUUCUUAGUUUUGAGAUCUUCAGAAAACUUCGACACUUCCAAAACGGUUAAAGCCUUCGCUGCUAGCGAGGGGGUAUCUGUUGAAACAUUCUCAGUUGGAUCACGGGAAAGUAUGGAAACUGUUACCAGACUUUUAAAGGACUGUAAUGCCACGGGUCAAUGGCUUUUAAUUGAGAAUAUUCAAUUUUCUGCCGGUUUGGUUGAACAUCUUCCAAAAUUGUUAAGCGUUUUGAGUAACUCGAACGGUUGUCGCGUCUUUAUGACAACGCUCAUUGAUUCAAAAUUGGAAAAUGCAAUAUACAAAAUGUCGAAGCAGUACAUUUUUACCACAUCUCCCGGAAUUAAGGGUAUACUGGUUCAUGAAUUGCUUAGAGAGAAUGGAACUUUAUCAUUAUUAAACUCUGAACAAGAUCACACUUCAAUAAUUUCUCGUUUUUUGUUGGCGUGGGUUUAUGCCACCUUGAAAGAAUACACAAGGUUUGCCGUUUUGAAAUUUCAUAAGAGAUAUGAUUUUAGUGAAUAUGAUUUAGAGUUUGGGUGGAGAUUUAUAAGCCAGGUAUUAAUGAAUGAUGAACAUGACUUGGACUCGAUUCGCUGGAAUUAUAUUUCACGUUUUAUUGGAAGGGUUGUUUUUGGAGGCAAAGUUGACAUACCGAAUGAUCUUGAACUCAUUUGCACCUUGUGUGAUAGUAUAUUUUGUCCUGAAGUUGUAAAGGGUCAAAAGUCAUUGCUUCCUAACACAGACGAGAAUCUUUUCUGUCCAGGCGGUGAAUUGGAAGCAGUGACUCGCUUCAUAAACAAUCUUCCUGUGAUAGAGCCGAUCAAAUGGUUAUCAUUACCAGAAGAUUCCGAGGAUGUUUUGAAGAAUCAAAAUUUGACAAAAAUUAUGGGCAAAUGUCAAUCCAUUGUGAAAACUAUUGACGCCCAGUUACAUCAAAGAAGCUGA